UCAACUCAUGUCUUGUUAAUAGAGUCAGAAGCUGCUAACAUGCUGCUGCUCAUCACAGAUAACACAGGACUGUACACCUCCAGGCUGACCAAAUCCUCAUGAGCGGCGCAGUCAUUUCUUGGUCUUGAGCAAAUGGCAUCUGUCGCUUCCGUGGGAACUCUCCCCAAUAGGAAUCACACAGCAACAAGCUCGCUCUAAACGCGGACAUGGGUGUUCCUGCUCCAGAGGCAUUUCCACGCAUUUUUGUUCCUGGUUUUAUAAUUUAGACAACGAUCGCACCGUGGCCACGCUCAUACCGUGAUGCUGUGGUUUUUCAUGCCACUGUGAUAACUUUGCGUGUCGAUACAGAAAUCACUUUUGCGUGGAUUAUUGUGGUCGAAUUUGCAGGAAUGGUUCCUAGGAGCGUGCCGCGUCCUCCUGCCUUUAUGAAACAACUUCAAACAGCCCUGGCUUUGACCAUGCUUACCAGUAUAUGAUUUAUUUAAAAACAGGAAUAUGAGCAACCACAAGUGCGGCGGGAUGUCAUCGAAGGAAAAGCUGUAUGAGCUGUGGAUGUUAUUUUACACAAAGAAAGACGUGGGCUAUCUGCAGCAGUGGCUGGAGGCGUUUGUGGCAUCCUUUGAGAGGCUCAUAGAUGUGCAGUCACUGGAGCCUCGAAGGCUGGAGGAGUGUAGCUCAGAGGUGCCCUUGCUCCCAAGGGAGGUCUUGGUGCUCCUCGGCACCCAGUUAUGUCAGAGUGCGGUGCACCUCUCCAACGCCACCGAGCCCAAUGGCACCACCCCUCACCCCCUGCUCCUCAUCAAGUUCUUCAUCAUUGUCUGCAGGAAUAUGGAGAACAUCGACCCAGACAACACUCCGGAUUUUGUUUUUGAAACCAUCAAGCUUUUGAAUUUCUGUUUGGACCAGCUAAAGAAGGGACAAGGGGAGCAGUCAUCUCUGCAGAUGGUUGUGCAGUAUGGACUCGUGCUGUGUGAAAGUCUCUUUGACCCUUAUCAGACGUGGAGGAGACGCCUGGCAGGGGAGGAGGUGAGCUUGCUGGAGAGAAACAAGUAUAAGUUCUCCCCGUUGGCCUUGCCAGAGGAGCUGUCUGCUCUUUACCAUGAAAGUCUCCAGGAAAGCCAGCAGAUCCCAGAGCUCCUCACACUCAGAUUUGUUCAUCUCCAGGGAGCUGUCAUCAGUGGAGGAAAGAAGAAUGGCCUUCUCUCUAUCACCAGUCAAUCUGUUGAGGACCUGUUCUCUGUUCUGCGAGUGUGGUGCUGCCGGACCUCCUCUGAACCCAAAGGUACGGGGCUCCCACGGCUGACCCUGCAGUGCCUGACCGUGAUGAUUCACCUCCUGCACUCCAGCAGCCCUGCUGAGCGGCAGGUGGAGAUCAGGACAAUACUGGAGAGCUACUUUCAGCUCCUCAACUGGAACCGUCCGCUGAGCAGUGAGCAGCAAGAGAGACAGAGCUGGGAAGACAGCCUGAUCUCCCUCCAGAGUCAAAUGCUUACUGCUGUUCCUGAGAUCCUGCAGUGCACUGACAGGCCAGUCCUGCAGGCUGUGUUCCUCAACAACAACUGCUUUGAACACAUCCUCAGGCUCAUUCAGAACAGCAAGCUCUUUCAGAGCAACAUGCGUAGCCCGGAGCGUGAGGUUGUGUGUGACCUCACCACAUGUUUACUCGCAGAGGUCGAAGUGGACCAGGUUUUGGAGAAAGGAUCAGACAGUAUUACAGUUCAUGCUUUAGAAGUCCUCACAGCUAUAAUGAGCAACUCACCCUCUGCUAAGGAGGUUUUCAAAGAGAGGAUUGGCUACUCCCAACUGUUUGAUGUGCUGAAGAGUCAAGGUCAACCCACCAAAAGGCUUCUGCAAGAGCUGAUGAACAUGGCAGUGGAGGGCAAGCAUGCCCACGCCAAUCACCUUGGCAUUAGUAACGAACAGCCUUUGCUGCUGCUCCUGCAAUGGCUGCCUGACCUGUCCAGUCAAAGGGACCUUCAGCUGCUGGUGGCCCAGUGGCUGGCUGCCGUCUGUGGUGCCUCCUUAUCCUGUCGCACUGUGGCUGUGGAGGCAGGCAUGGUGGGCGCUCUGCUGCAGGUGCUCUCACAGCCCCAAAGUCUGGACAGGCAGUGUGCAGACGCCCUGCUGGGCCUCCUGCAGGACCUGGGCUCCUUGUGUUUGAGACCAGAGGAGCUUAAGAGCCUGCUCAGACUGCUCAGGGUGGAUCAGGACAAUGGCGCAGUGGGGGGGAAGGUGCACCCCUACUGCGCUCGCACCAUCCAAAUUCUCUCAGCCAUGGCAGCCAGAGAAGGCCAGGACAGUGCCUUGCAGUACUUUGAUCUUACUCCCCCCAUGGCAGGUAUUAUGGUGCCCACAGUCCAGCGCUGGCCAGGCAGCGGGUUUGCCUUUCACGCCUGGCUCUGUCUCAACAUGGAGUUCUCCAACAACCGUAAACCUCCUGCCAACUCUGGCACAGGGGCUCAGCAUGACAUGGGAAAAGGACCACGCAGAAAGCAGCUCUACAGUUUCUUCACAGCAAGUGGAACUGGGCUGGAGGCCUUUUUCACCAUGGAGGGAGUGCUGGUGGUGGCUGUUUGCACUAAAAAAGACUACAUGGCCGUCACGCUGCCAGAGCACCCACUAGUUGACUCAUGCUGGCAUUCAGUGGCUAUAGUCCACAUCCCGGGCCGUCGUCCAUUUGGUCAGAAUCUGGUCAACAUCUACAUCGAUGGAGAGCAGCGUAAAACUGCUCAGCUUCGCUUUCCAUCUUUCAGUGAGCCUUUUACUUCCUGCUGCAUCGGAUCGGCAGGCCACCGGACCACUACCACCACCACCUCCCCCAAUCUGCCCACGUCCUCGUCCUCUAACCCUUCGCCCGAGUUUGCUUUCCCUGCCCAUGGCCCCUCCCUUAUCCGUUCCCAGUCCUUCCCAGCCACCUUUGCAGGAGGCCGUUGGGGCUCUUUCGGAGACUCCCCAGUGCACACCAUCCCUGCAGGACUGCAGGACACAGAGUGGGGAACACCCACGUCUCUGGAUGGGCUCCUGGGCGCCGCCUUCAUUUGCCACGAGGCUCUGCAGCAGACACAGACGAGAACACUGCAUGCUGCAGGCCCCAAUCACGUGUCCUUAUUCAAAGCAGAGGGAGAGUUAUCUGAUCUCAACAGCAAGCUUCUGCUCUACUACACUCCACAGGCCUUUAAGAGCCAGAUAUGUCUGGACCUGUCGCCCAAUCACCAAUAUGAUGGCAGGCUUACAGGACACAGGGUAGUGAACUGGGACAUCAAGGAUGUUGUUAACGUGAUGGGAGGUAUAGGGGUUUUGCUGCCCCUGCUCGAGCAGGUAUGUGAGGCCGAGCAGGUUUACAACGGCGGUCAGGAGAUCUCAGACCUGCUGGGACCAGAGCUCACCUCCCCCAGAGGCCCCGCUGCCAUGCUGCUGCCACUGAACAAGUCUGCAGAGGGCAGACUAGAGAGAAACAGCAUCGCUGCCUUCCUGCUGAUGGUGAAAAACCUGAUUCGUCAUCACCCUGUCAAUCAGGAGAGCCUGCAGCGCUGCCAUGGGCCGAGCAUUAUAGGAGCCAUGCUCAGAAAAGUUCCUGGCAGUAUGAUGGACAUGAAUGUUUUAAUGGCCUGUCAGCUACUGUUGGAGCAGGUUUUCAAUGAGGGGAACAGCCCCCUUCUACAGCAACUCUACCAGCACCUGCUCUUUGAUUUCCGCAUCUGGACUAAAAGCCAUUUUGCUGUUUGUCUGGCCCACGUGCAGUACCUUGCGUCUGUGAUAAACAAAGGGAAGCAGCGCAUGAAGAGGAAGUACGGAGUCCAAUAUGUUCUGGAUACCAUUCGCACAUACUACAGUGUGGAGAAAGACGGAAGCUCUCUGUCUGAUGAAAAGCAGACGAUUCAAAACUCUCUGUUCGCCUUGCUGAAAGACUUUCUAAAGUCUCCUACAACAGAGGAUCUUCACAGUGUCCUCGCAUACAUUCUGACUGUCGGAGAGGAGAAGCAGGCGGUGAGAGCCUUGGAUGUGCUGUAUGAACUCUUGAGGAGCAGCCCUCCGCGUGAGCAGGUGCAGGCCGUGCUGCUGGAGUGGGGCGUGGAGCAGCUGUACUGCUUGCUGCUCAAUCCAAGCUUUGGAGACGAGGCCAGAGAGAGGGUGUUCAGGGUUUUAUACAAAAUCCUCAAAAGCGAGCGAGUGUCUGAGCGCAACAAGCAGCGCAUCAAGCUGAAAGAUUUUGGAUAUCUUGGCCUGGUUUGUUUCCUUGAUGAAAAUCCCGUAACCAUGACCACUGUGCGAUGUCUGUACGAGCAGGUCCUUGCUACAGAUGCCACCCCUAACUUCAGAGACCUCCUGGCUGUGGUCUGUCUGUCCCAUCGAGCUGAGCUCACUGUCCGCUUAGACGUCUGCCGCAAGCUCUUUCAUCUGAUCUACUCCAACGAUGAUUAUGUGAAGCAGCUUGCUAGGCAGCCCGGCUGGCAGGAUGUUUUGACCAAGCUCUAUGUGAAAGAGUGCUACGAGUCCCACGCUGCCAGCAUUGCAGGCUCCAGCACCAACAGCUCCUUCGAGCCAAACUACCGGCCGCCGCUGUGCAGGGAUCAAGUUCUGGUUAUAGAGGACACACACACAGACAUAUUUCUGAGCUACCGCACCUCGCAGGACAUCGAGAAUGAGGAAGAGGUUGAAGGUGGCCCACGGGACAUCUCUGAGGGAUUCUCUGAUUUGUCCCAGUCACCUCCAAGUGGAGGUGGUAAAAACUUCACUGGCUCCCUCCAUUUUAAGUCGUUUGAUUCAGUGGACCAGGGGAGCCACUCGUCCUCCGUCUCCAAUGCGGUUGAUAUCACCUCAUCUCGUCCCGACGAGGAGGGGAGAGACUACCAGCCCCUCUCCCCCUUUGGUAGCCCCUUUGAUUUGGAGCUAGGGGGCAUUGGAUAUACUGGCCCACACACUCCUUCAGGUAGUCUGACAAACACACCAUCUCCUCUAGAGCAUGGAAAACCUUUUCCACCUGCCAGACCUAGGAAGAGCUCCAGUUUGUCUAACGUGCUGGAUGAUACCAGCUAUGGGACAGACCCUCCAACUGGAGACACAAUCUCCAAUACGUCCAACCCACAGCAGACCCCUGAGGAGGAGCUGUGCAACCUGCUAACCAACAUUGUCUUCUCCGUGCUGUGGAGCGGCAGCGGGGCGGAGGUGGUGGAGGAUGUGGUGUGGAGAGGGAGAGGGCAGGUCUUUUCUGUUCUCACCAAACUGGGCUCCUCUUGCCAACUGGUCCGCCCUCCCGAUGACAUCAAACGCAGUCUGUUGGAGAUGAUGCUGGAGUCGUCUCUGUCAGACCUGAGGGACGCCCAGGGAGUGUCUCUGCCUUUCUGUCCCAGUCUGGUUCGGCUCCUCAGGCUGCUGCAGGACUUCCUGUUUGCUGAGGGGACAGACAACAACACCCUGUGGAGUGAAAAGAUAUUUGAGGGGGUGGUAAACCUGCUGGACAAGUUGCAGGCCUGGCAUAGCACCCCUGGCAGCCCUGGGAACAACGAAUUGAAGGAAAUGGCCCAGAUUGGCCUGCGUAUCAUCACCGGAUAUAUAAAACAGCAGCACUCACAGGUGUGUGUGAUGGCCUAUGUGAAGCUCCACAGCCUUCUCCAGACAGUGCUGUGUCUGAGCUGGGAGGAGGUGUGCUUCCUGCUGGGGCAGCUGGGCGCCCCCCUGUGGCCAGAAGGUGCAGUGGACGGCACCAACAAUGUGCAUGCAGAAACUUUCUCCCAGCUUGUGCCCAUCGUGCGCACGCUGCUCGACCAGCAUGCCGACCCCAUCACCCUCCAGAACCUACUGCCCAACCUGCCCAUCACAAACGGUAGCACCACCUUCGCCCAGGACCUCAAGGCUUACUGUCACACAGUGGAGUGGCAGGGUUUUUUCCAGCAGCAGGUUCAGGCCACCAUGGAGCAGUAUGAGCUGGACACGUUUGGGAGGAGCCAUGACAUCAUGUCCAAUUUCUGGAAUUCCUGCUUCGAUGCCCUGAUGAGUACAGGCUUAAAACGGGACAAAGACAGAUCAGACAGCAAGUCCAAGUUUCAGGAAGUGAUCGUGGAUCCCUACCUGAAGCGAGCCAGAAGUGAGAACAACAGGUACCACAGUUUGCAGAAGCAGAGCUCCAGCCAGCAGGGGGUGGUGUGGCAGCACUGGAAAGCUCUCCGCAGGCUUUUGACCAGUGAGAGAGGAGCAUGGGCCAACAAAGUUCAACCAGAGGUAAAAUGGAAAUUGUCCAAUGCAGAGACUUAUUCAAAGAUGCGUCUUAAACUUGUACCCAACUACAACUAUGAUCCUCACAUUGAGGCCAGUGCCCUGAGGGACAACAUGGGGGCUGACAGCCCACGUAGCUCUGAACCCCUUCCACUGGCUGUUGCAAAGGAAGCAAAAGUUAGCGACAUGGAGGAUGAUCAGUUAGGAGACGAAGACCUCGUCUUUGUGGAUAACAAGGUGGAGGGAGAAGACGAGAGCCAGAAAGAAAAACUGGUUCUGUCUGAAGACUGUGAGCUCAUCACCAUCGUGGCGGUUGUUCCGGGUCGUCUGGAGGUUACCACGCACCAUCUUUACUUCUAUGAUGGAAGCAGUGAGAAAGAAGAGACAGAGGAAGGAAUCGGCUUUGAUUUCAAGAGACCUCUGUCUCAGCUCAGAGAAGUGCAUUUGAGGCGCUACAACCUGCGGCGAUCUGCACUAGAGCUGUUCUUCAUAGACCAGGCUCAUUACUUCAUCAACUUCAGGAAGAAGGUACGAAACAAAGUGUACUCUAGGAUACUUGGGCUGCGGCCUCCCAACCUGUUUUACUUUGGCUCUCGCUCCCCCCAAGAGCUACUGAAGGCAUCUGGGCUUACACAGAAAUGGGUGUGCAGAGAAAUCUCCAAUUUCGAGUACUUGAUGCAACUGAACACCAUUUCUGGACGCACUUACAACGACCUGUCGCAGUAUCCUGUGUUCCCCUGGAUCUUGUGUGACUAUACCUCUCCCACUCUGAAUCUGGAGGACCCAUCAGUUUUCAGAGACUUGUCCAAACCCAUAGGUGUGGUCAACUCCCGCCAUGCACAGAAUGUCAGAGAAAAGUAUGAGAGCUUUGAGGACCCAACUGGCACCAUCGACAAAUUUCACUAUGGCACACACUACUCUAAUGCAGCAGGAGUCAUGCACUACAUGAUCCGCAUGGAGCCGUUCACAACUCUGCAUAUCCAGCUGCAGAGCGGCAGGUUUGACUGCGCAGACAGACAGUUCCACUCGGUGGCAGCCGCCUGGCAGGCUCGCAUGGAGAGUCCAGCUGACGUGAAAGAGCUCAUCCCGGAGUUCUUCUACUACCCAGAAUUCCUGCAGAACAUGAAUGACUUCAACCUGGGACAGUUGCAGAUAUCUCAGGAACCAUUGACAGAUGUUCUGCUGCCUCGUUGGGCCUCAUCAAGAGAAGACUUCAUCAAGCAACACAGGAAAGCCCUGGAAUGUGAGCAUGUGUCCAGUCACCUCCAUGAGUGGAUUGACCUGAUCUUUGGUUACAAGCAGAGAGGCGAGGAGGCAGUGAACGCCCUCAAUGUCUUCUACUACUGCACGUAUGAGGGUGCAGUAGAUCUGGAUGCAAUUGCCAACGAGACGGAGCGUAAGGCCCUGGAAGGCAUCAUCAGCAACUUUGGACAGACUCCCUGUCAGCUCCUUAAGGAACCGCAUCCUCCUCGUAUGUCAGCUGAGAACGCAGUUAGGCGGCAGGCCCGCCUGGACACUCUGCCCCUGAAUAUCUUUGAGCAGCUCAACAAACUCCGGCCAUUUGUGGAGGUGGUAAGCGAUGGCCUUCCGCUGGUCCAGGCAGUGGUACCAAAGAGCCAGAAUCGCUCCUUCAUCAUCCAGGGCUCAGAUAUACUGGUGACUGUGAGUUCAAACGGGUUGAUAGGGACACACAGCUGGCUGCCAUAUGACAAAAACAUCGCCAACUACUUCACCUUCACUAAGGACCCCACCAUGACUAAUUCCAAAACGCAGCGUUUCUUGAGCGGACCUUUCUCUCCCGGGGUGGAGAUCAGUGCUCAGUUGCUCGUGGUGUCCAACGACGGCCGACUGCUGUUCAGUGGAGGAAACUGGGACUGCAGUCUCCGUGUCACCCAACUGGGGAAGGGCAAGCUGGUGGGCAGGAUCUGCCGGCACAUUGACAUUGUUACGUGCUUGGCUCUGGAUCUCUGUGGCAUCUACCUCAUCUCUGGUUCAAGGGACACAUCCUGUAUAGUGUGGCAGGUUCUACAGCAGGGUGGCUUCUCCAGCGGUCUGUCUCCUCGGCCGGUGCAGAUUCUCGUGGGACAUGACCAGGAGGUCACCUGCGUGGCCAUCAGCACCGAACUGGAUAUGGCUGUCUCAGGAUCGAAGGAUGGGACUGUGAUUGUGCACACUGUCCGACGAGGCCAAUUCCUGCGAACGCUGCGGCCUCCUGGUGAUAGCUGUGUACCCGCCCAAAUCUCUGGGCUCCAGGUGGGCCUGGAAGGCCACAUUGUGGUACAGACCUCGCAGGAGGAACGAUUAAACAGAAAGGGCAAGUACUCCAUUCAUGUUUACUCAGUAAACUGUUGUCUGAUGUCCUCCUGCACCAUGGAGGAGCAGGUGACUGCCCUCCACCUGGUGUCUGAACACCUCAUCCUGGGGACUGCACAGGGCAGCCUCCACAUACGAGAUUUAUGCAGCCUGGAUGCUCUGGUAAGGCCCCUGGCCUUGAAGGUUCCUGUGAGAAGUGUGUCUGUCACCAAAGAGUGCAGCCACAUCCUAGUGGGACUAGAGGACGGGAAGUUAAUUGUGGUGGGGGCAGGGAAGCCAGAGGAGGUUCGCUCAGGACAAUUCUCUCGUCGCCUGUGGGGCUCCACACGCCGCAUCUCUCAGGUGUCCUCAGGUGAAACCGAGUAUAAUCCCACUGAGAAUGCUGGCAAAUGAGAUGAGCAAUGGUGGAGGAACUCUUAAGGACUCUGUAGGCUGCAGAUACCUGCACCACCAAGAUGCUCGCUAGACUCAACAAGGCUUUUGUUCCCUUUACAAGCUGGUAAACUGUCUUCCUCAGCCACUGAUCUCUCUGAGAGAGCAACGAUACACUGUGCACUUUUUUAUUCUUAAAUGAUUUGAUAUUUUUAUUGCAUAUUUUUAUUUGCAGUUGUGUACUGUUUUUAAUCAGCAUCAUUCCAAAGAGUGGCCUUGUUUUUGUGGAUGGAGAAGAGCUUGUUGUUUGAGGUUGUAUGAAAUGCUGUUGAACUGUAUGUACGAUAAGUCAGAUUUCAGGGAUGUGACUCGUGCUGAUGCACAUGCAGCCUCAGACACAGACAGAAUGCUGUGAACUCUCCAGGCUCCAUGCUCUUGGCUUCUUUCUUGUCAGAGGAGCAGCUGAGAUCCCUGUGCUGUUGAAUUGUUCUGGCAAUGGCACCUUCUUAAAACUCCUGAAAACUUGAAAACUUCUGUAGAUGUUGCUAGAGAUUUCAACAUUGCAAUACUGGUAAAUACCACAUGGGGGUAAAAGAAAGAUACGAGGGGUAACUGAUCACUAUAGUGAACCAAUGCUGUGUUUGGAUCUUUAGCGGUCAACAUCAGGAUUUGCUGAUCUUUGCAGCAGAAGUGCACCGCAACACCACAGUCUAUAAUCCUGCAUUCCAUUCGGCUCUAAGCGAUUUAAAGCUGUUACAAUUAAAGCAAUAAGUGCUUUAAUGGUCAAGUAUGUGAAAUAUAUUCACUUCUUUAUCAUGACUGUGGAGCUUGGAUGCAAUAAAACUCAAGAGGAGUGCCUCCUAUUGCCUUACACUGAAUGAAGUAAAGACCUUUCCAAAUGUGUCUGUACUAGUUUUAUUACUCAUCACAUGACUAUUAAUGUCCCUGUUUUAUUUCAUCUGAUAAGUAAAAGUAAUUUUUUUAGCUUGUGUCUUGAGCCAUGUAUAAACACUGAAUUGUCAGGCUGUACCCCUGCUGAUCUGAUUUAAACACAUCUUACUACUCUACUGUGACUCUCAGAUGUGGAUAAGACGUUGUUAAUGAACUCAGUAAACUGUUGGCUGGAUGCACAUAGUUGCCUGUCUGUACUGGUAUUGUAAUGUUUAUGGAGCGCUGAAAAACAUCUGAAGACAUGAUGACUCUGAAACACGUGAGCAUAAAAGUACGUGAGUGAGUGUCAGAGGAAUUCACUUCCUGCCAGCUUGUUUUACUGGGGUUUGAACAAAGUAGUUGUUAUGCAGUGUCAUGACGGGACAGACACAAAGGGAACUAUUUGGGCAAAUGCAAUACCCAUAACAUGGUGCACAAAAAUGACCUAGUCUCUGUAAGUGAUGCUCAGAAUAACCUUACUAAGUGUGAGCAAGUAUAAAAGAAACUAUAUUUGUUUACUUAUCAGUUCAUACACAAAGUCAAUACAUUCAGGCUGUCUAAAAUAACAUUUUAUUCAAAUUUCACAACUCUAAGAUGAGAUAAUGUCGGUGAACAUAAAGGAUUGUUUGCAGCUGUUCAAGUAUACAUUUGAUCAUCUAGUAUAUCUAUUGUGAAUACUGAUAUCAAUUCAUGUAACACUGCUCUGGUUUUCUCUAAAUGUUAUGAAUGUAAUAUUUCCCUUUUAUUAUGUAGUAACGCUCAAAGCCUUUAGUUUAAUCAAUGGAGCUCAAAAUGGAGGCUUCUUUUCAGCAUUGGGUCUUUUUACAAUCAUGGUCCUCUAUCAAAAAGUAGGUUUAAGUCAUGAUGUAUAUGAUGUUUUUAAUAUUAUUUGUUGUUUAAAUGUCCUGAUUUAGAUUCAAAGUGAUCCUACAAAAAACCUUAAGCGAAGGUCAGCACUGCCUUGAAUUUGGAUUAUUAUUUAGCUUUUGUAUUGUUCUUGGAAGAUGUUGAAAAUACACUUUACCUUUUAAAAAUCAAGCA